AUGGCACCGCAAGCAGAUCAUCUUGCGACACUAGACAAAGGCCCAAAUGGUAGAUCACUGGAGGAAGAAGAUCAUCUGGUGCGAAGCACCAAAAAGAUCAAAAGCACAUCAGCACCUAUUGAAGACCAGGACAUGAACGACUCUAUUCAAGCUCCAACAGAGGAACAAUCAAAGAGGUCUUUCAAACAAGCCCUUACAGCCACAAAAACCAAUGAGAAAGCUUUUGACAACGACCUUGAGAGACUUUCAGAUGAUGAUUUUCUUACAGAUGAGGAAGAUAAUGAGGCAAUGGAGGAAGAGGAUCUUAAUCGGUUUGCUGAUCUAGGGUUUCACGUCCCCAUAAUCAAGCUUCCUUCGCGUCUCAUCAAACACAUUCGUAGGCCAUGGAAAGACUGCCUAAUUGUCAAAUUACUUGGGAAAACUCUAGGGUAUAAACUCCUUGUAUCCAAAUUGAGAAAGAUGUGGGGACUCCAAGGAGACUUUGAAGCAACUGAUCUGGGUUUGGGGUUUUUCUUGAUCAAGUUCGAAAUGAUGGUCGAUUGUAGCAGAGUAUAUACAGAGGGCCCUUGGAUCAUAAUGGAUCAUUAUCUCACAGUAAGGCGUUGGGAACAUGAUUUUAAGCCAUCGGAGGCUGGAGAAGUGGCCACGGCACUAUGGGUCAGGUUUCCCCAGCUUCCAAUUGAGUACUAUAAUGAGAAGGUCCUUUUCCAUAUAGCAAAGGCGAUUGGGAAACCCCUCAAGGUAGAUCUUAAUACUGCCAUGUCCGCUCGAGGAAGGUAUGCACGCGUCUGUGUGGAAGUUGAUCUCACAAAGCCAUUAAUUUCACGUUUUGCUAUAGGAAAAUAUACUUACAUAGUGGAAUAUGAGCAUUUACACUACUUCUGUUUCCAGUGUGGGAAAGUUGGGCAUCGGAAAGAAUAUUGUAGCAGUAACAAACCGGUGCCGGAGCUGACACCAGCUACCACAGUAGCCAUAGCUAACGGUCAUGGUGCUGGUCUAGAUCAAGCUCAAACGGCUAGUUCAUCAGGCAAACACUCUAUUCCUGACAGAGGGCAGAGAGACGAAUUUGGGCCUUGGAUGUUGGUGAAUAGGAAAAAUAAUAGGCCCAACCCCAUUGCACGGCCAGCUGGACCCAACAACUACAUUCACAAAAGAUCUGCUAAUCGGUUUGGCCCUUUAGCUGAAAAUGGGAACAUGGUAGGAGCCCCCGAAAGAGCUAAGCAUCAAGGCCACACUGGCCCAAGCAUGGUAAACACACACAGAACAGCCUCUACUAGUGAGUCAGGCAAUCCUCCUAUAGCUCAGGAAAUUUUCUCAAAAGGCCAAAAGGAUGAAAGACAACUCAACAAAGAUCAGGACCCAGCUGUUGAAGGACAAACUUUACCAGAGAUUCCUGCUUCAAGCUACAAUCCUAGCUUAGGGCAAGCCACUAACAACGACUUGGAAUUGAUGAAUGCAGAGCUCCCCAAAACCCCAUUGGCAGUUUUGAUCUGA